GUUGAAACGGAGUGAGGUUGUGGCACACGUCUCUGUAGUAACGGGGAAAGGGAAAGAGUUGUUCUUCCAGAGCUUCAGUAUCGUUUCUUUGUGCAUGCUAAUGCCCAGGGGGUGCAUUCUCCUUGACAACAUUGAAAGACACAAUGGAGGAGGGCCAAGAUUUCUCCCUUUGUGGUAAAACAGCUGUAACUGAAGCUAAUCUGAGAGAUGAGUACUAUUGGAAACUUGUUGCAGACUUCAUUGGUCCUCAAUCGGGAGAAGGAUUGGAGCUUGAAAUGGCACCAUGCAAGAACAGACUGCUGAUUCAAGUAGGACUUCUGAGAGAGGACAAUAAUUUUCCAUGGAUUGCCAUUGUAGAUUGGCUCAAGAAAAUAUUCCCCAGUCAUCACUCAGCUGACUUUCGUCGACUGAUUGAAAGAGGCAUCGCAACAACAUUGAGCCUGGGAAGUGAUGCCAGGCUGACCUUCCUGGAAUCAGACGUCAACUUUAACUUUGUUGGCCCAAUAUGCGAUAGCAUCGGAGUCGAACGAGAACACCUUUUGGAAAUGAGGGAUUUUGCAGAGCGAGCACAGUCGAUUGAAGUCACGAAUGGAUUGAUUCUGGAGUUGAGCAACUUUGUCACCAGGGAGAAAAUUGCACCAAUCGUUUUAGUUACUUGGCUUAGAAACUUCAACCCUGAGUUUUGUAAGAAUGGGGAUAUUCAGAAGGCAUAUAAAGUCCUUCGAGCCAAGAUAAGAAAGUUAAAACUGCAUUACCGCAAUUAUGAAACAAGAAGUCACAGGAGGAAUGUAGCAAUGGAAAGUCUGCUUCAAAGUCCAUUUGAACUAGUCCGGAAAAAAAUGCCUAGAUUUAUUGUGAAGAAACGCAUCAAAAAAGAUGAUACCAUUAAUUAUGAAAAAGUUACAAUCAAGGAGGAAUAUGAGAGCUGUGAAAUCACGCGAGGUGAAGGGUCUGAGAUGAACAGAGGAGUUAGUGAAAACAGCGGAGAUGAAACCUCAGAUGAAAAAGGAGAGCCGCUGACCCUGCUUGACAUCGCAAUGCUGUCAGUCCAGAAGCUGUCAAGUGUGUACGGUGGGAAAACCGCAGCAUGCAAGCAAAUUUCCUUAGGUCUCCUCAAAAACCAGUAUGCUCUAACAUGCAAAGAGCAUCCAGCCAUGGUAGAGUUUGAGAAGAAACUCGACUCACUCUGUGAGGAGGUUUCACUUGUCUCUCCUGUGGUGUUUUUAAACUACAAUGCCAAUUUCCUUGUUGACAUGCAUGAUGCCAUUGAGCAGCAGAUUAUGACCUUUGAAAAAGAGAUCACCGUAUCGACGGGGGAGAAACUAGGCCGGGACAAGCUUCCAAAAUUCGCUAACUUUGUGAAUUUGUCCGAAAGCGCCACUUCACGCUACAUUCACAUGGCUUGUGACAUCUUAAGCCCUUGCAGCUCUGGUUCACAAAACUACAGAAAACACUGGGUAGCUUUCUGUGAGGAAAAGAGAAAUCCCUCCAGACUUGCAGUAAAUCAGUCAAACCGAUUCAAAAACUACUUUGAAGCCGCAGCGGGCCUUAUUCACCAUCACAAAGAGAUCGCUCUCUUCUACUCUGAUUUGCUGUCACUGAACAACGACGAAUGCCCAAACAUUAUUCUGGAGAGUGUUGCCGCUGAUGCUGAUGACCCUGUGAUCCAGAGCCUAGUGUGUGUUCUGGCCAUUGUUUACUGCAAAAUCCUCGGUCCUUACUGGCAGCUUCUGAAAAGUGGAGGAGAGUACUCGCUCUUCAGCACGUACCUACUCUCUCUCUACCAAAAGUUCCUUGAUUGGUCCAAAGACCCUUCAACUCUGCUGGAACCUGAAGGGGCCACAAAUGUUUUUCUGCAGUUCCCAUUGCAGGAGAAAACCUUUGAUGGAGUGUUUCAUUACUGUGGUCAGUGGCACACGAAUAGGGACCUAAUCAGAGCUUGCUUGAAGAGGACGAUAAAGGUGAUUGCUGCUGUCACUGAGGAGCACCUGAAGGAUUUCCUGCCAGGAGGAAUGUUUUCUCAAGUCCUUUCACCAGAUUUGAGCUUACAGCUGGAAAGCUGCACAUUCUCUGUCUUGAUGGCGGAAUAUCCCUUUGGGGAUGUGUACCCUUACAAGAAGAAAAGACCUGACAAGUCCUCCAAGCGCCCCUCACACAAGAACGUGGCAUCGGACAGCUCUCAAGAAGAUGACCGAUCUGGUUCAACAGACGGCAGCUCUGAUGAAUCAUCCGAUUGGCAAGGUAAAAGGAAUACUCACACCGGCAGUCCACAGUCGAAGAAAGGUUGCAAAAUUAAAAGAGAAAAUGCUGGAAGGGUGCCUCAAGAAGUGCCUGAGGAGAACAUGGAUAGGGACUACAUAGUAGAAACAGUAAGCAGAAAUGGAGGGCCAUGCAAGACACAGCAAGAUGUUGACAAAAUGCUUGCACGUUUUGAUGGAAAACCCCGAGUAGAGAAACGGGAAGCAAUGCGAUGUGAGAUACUGUACCAGAAAAUGAUCCUAAACAACACGGACCCAAACUUGGAUGGUGUUUUUAGCAACAGCUCACAAAUGAUGUUGAAGCUGAAGCUCGCACUUCCUCGUGUUAAACCUGGAUACUCUCUUGUUUGGGCACCCAGAAAGACAAAACUGAGGCCUGUGCUCCAAGCCACAACGGACGCCGCAACCGGACAGAGUGAAAGCAGCCACACAUGAGUGGAAUAUUGAGGGAUGAGAGGAUGAAAAAUGACUUGCAACAACAGGGAAGGAAACUGGGUUAAAAUGUGACUUCCUCAUGUGAUUCUAUUUACAAACUAAGCGGAGAUAUUCACGAUGGCCUCAAUCUUUCCACACAAAUACUACAUCAUGUAUGAUUCUGUAUAUGCCAGAUUGAACAGUCGCGUGUGUGUUACAGACUGUGUUUUCAGUGCCAGUAGUUGAAAUGAUAAGGUUUGAUUUUACAGCUUAACCUUUUGAUGUGACAUAAUUCUCUAAUUUUCACGGUGCUGUUUACUUAAAAUAUAAGACACUGACAAA